CCAACCCUAUCCACUCCACCCCACGCCACACCACCCCAAAAACACAGUGAGAAUUUCAUCAAAGGAAUCAAACAAAAGACUCCUUGAUUCAUGAACUUCGUCUCUUGUGUUUCCCCCCCACGUUUCUCGGUUUCUGAUCUGUCUAUCUAUAGACAUUACAGUUCUUUGAAAAUACUAAGAAAAACUGCCACUGUCUGCCUCUUAAAACCAUUUUCUUGGAUUCUCUUUUUCGUAACAAUGGCUGCUUCAGUUCAUUUUAGGCCUCAAAAUAGGGAUCUUGGAAGGGUAAUGAGGGAAGUAGAUGAAGAUCUGGCUGUAUUCUUAGGGAUGAAAAAUUGCGAAAAAGAGAAGAAUGAUUUUCUUGUUCAUGAUUCUAAUGAGUUCGAUCACUCAAAAGGUACAGAACCACAAAUGAGCAGCUUAUCGAUGCCUUAUGAUAAUUUUCUUAAUUCGGAGAUUGAAGGAGGUGAUAAUGACUGGCUUCUUACACCACCUGAUACUUCAUUACUUCCUUCGCUUGAGGUCGGAAUGCAGGAUUCCAUGGUGAAUCAGGCUGAAUUUCCAGAUUGUGGCAGUCCUGUGGAGUCCAAGGAGCCAGAAAAUUCUGCUGAAAAAUUGGAAUCUUCUGCUGUGAAUAGAAGGCCUUUAUCAUCAGGGAACCGAAAAUCAACUUCUAGACAAGCAACGCCAACUCGAUGGUCGACUUUGCCUGCAAAAUCGAAGCCUUCACGUUCUUUGACUCCUACAUCAAGAGCUACCUUUCCUUCUACAAGAAACUCGGCUCCUGUAUUGAGAUCCUCGAUUCCGUCAAAACCUGCUGCUAAACGUUCUUCUACACCAGCUGCCCGACCCUCAAUGCCUGUGCCUUCGAAGUCUGGGUCGAGAUCUGCAACACCGAACCGUAAACCUUCAACCCCGUCAACCACACCUGGCAUAGCUGCUUUUGAUCGAUCUUCAUCAGGGAUAAAAGCAGGCCUCAUGAAAAAUCCAGUGCCAUCAUGUGGAAUUUCUCCAACGGUAAAAUCUAGGCCGUCAAAAUCCUCAGAGAUUAUUGGCGUGUCACGUGAUGCUUCUCAAAAUAUAAGAUCAUUGACGCAUAAAAGGCCUCCUUCUGCCUCACGGGGACGACCAAGUGCACCUGCCACUCAGUCCUCUUUAGUUCGCUCAAGUUCCAAUGAAAAACCAAGACGAAAAUCAUGCUCUCCUACCAGAGCACAUGCUCUAAACGGUACUGCCAAUAAAAAUGGUAGCUCUAUACUAUCUAAAAGUCGAGGACAUAACAAUGGUGGAGAUGAUGUGAACCCAGUAUUGAUUGGUACGAAGAUGGUCGAAAGAGUGGUAAACAUGAGGAAACUAGCUCCACCCAAACAAGACAAACAUGUGUCUCAUGACAAUCCCAGAAAAUCUUCCCAAGAGAAUUCGGGCUUUGGAAGAUCGCUCUCCAAGAAGUCGUUGGACAUGGCUAUAAGGCAUAUGGAUAUUACACGAAGUGUUCACAACAGUUUGCGACCAGUAGUAACUGGCACUUCGGCUUUGUCCAACUAUGGUGUUCGACCCAGCUCUGCUAACAGUAGUACAGUCGGAGUACUAGAAUCUCCCCUUGCCACAAAUAUUUGUAGUUCUGAGCUUAGCAUCAACAAUGCCUACUUUCUUGAUGGGAGUGAAGUUGAAGACAAUGAAGUUGGCAGCCAGUGAUUGCUAAAACACGAAAUACUGCUUGAAUGCCCUGGAAUCUUGAUCUUGAAGAUGGUGGGACAUGCAAUAUUGCAUUUCGCGAAGAAAUCAACUAAGUUAUCAUAAUAUUGAAUUUGGAUAAUGCCAUUUUUAUCAAUAGUUCUUUGCAAUAUAUCGUUGUAUACUGACGUUAUAUGAUAGGAUUUGUGUACACUAAACAUUAAACAAACUUAGUAGACUCCUUAGGUUAUAUUACACAACUAGCUUCAGACAUCAAUUCUGACUCUUGGUUCUUUU